AUGGCCACAGAAGAGAAGGUCUCUGAUGAGAACAUUUCCCAGUUUGAUUUUUCUACGUUGUUAGAGGUCUCUGCCCUUCUGGGCAUAGAUGCAAUUAAAUUUGCAAAGCAAAUAGAAGAGGUGGAGCAGAAGGACCGAGCAAAGAUGCAAAAAGGCUUUAACUCAAGAAUGCGCAGUGAAGCAAAGAGGCUGAAGUCUUUUGUGACCUAUGAGUCGUACAGCUCUUGGACCCCUCAGGAGAUGGCAUCUGCAGGGUUUUACUUAACAGGAGUGAAAUCUGGGAUUCAGUGCUUCUGCUGUAGCUUAAUCCUCUUUGGUACCAGCCUCAGGAGAUGCCCCAUGGAAGACCACAAGAGGUUACAUCCAGACUGUGAAUUCCUUUUGGGCAAAGAUGUUGGUAACAUUCCCAAGUAUGAUGCUCGGGUCAAGUAUUGGGAUAACAACCUGAGAUCUUCGGAUAAAGUGAAGUAUCAAGAAGAGGAGGUCAGACUUGCAUCCUUCAAGAACUGGCCAUUUUAUGCCCAAGGAAUUUCCCCACGUGAGCUGUCAGCAGCUGGCUUUGUCUCUACGGGUAAAAAGGACACCGUGCAGUGUUUUUCCUGUGGUGGGUGUUUGGGAAAUUGGGAGGAAGGAGAUGAUCCUUGGAAAGAACAUGCCAAGUGGUUCCCCAAAUGUGAAUUUCUUCUAAGUAAGAAAACCUCAGAGGAAAUUGCCCAGUAUAUUGAAAGCUACGAGGGAUUUGUUGAUGUCACGGGCGAGCACUUUGUGAAUUCCUGGGUCAAAGGAGAGUCACCGGUGGUUUCAGGACUACAGGACACUGACUCCUGUUUUCCCUGUCGAGAAGAUUUGGAGCAGUGGCAGGAUGGUAAUGACCCAUUACAAGACCCCACCAGGUGCAAGUUCCCCGAUUGUCAACUGCUCCACACUAUGAAGUCCUCUGCAGAAGUGAUGCCAUACCUUCCGAGCCACAACGAACUUUCCAAAAAAAUGGAAACCACAACGGAGAGAAAUAUUGAAGCUUCAGUAGCGGUUAGUUUGAAGGUUCCAGAGUUAUUGCACAGGGAAGCCCAGUGGUUUCAGGAGGCAAAGAGUCUGAAUGACAGACUAAGAGCAGUUUAUACUGAUGCCAAUUUCCAACACAUGUCUUUGCUUGAGAAUGCUUCUAAUCUAGCCACCAACCAGUGGCUGUGCUGUGAUCUGUCCAUUUCUUCAAAGCCCAUCAGUACCCACGGGCAAGAGCCCCUCACAUUGCCGGAGGUCUUUGCCAAACUGAACUCUGUCAUGUGUGUGAAAGGUGAAGCUGGUAGUGGAAAGUCUGUCUUCCUGAAGAAAAUAGCUCUUCUGUGGGCAUCUGGACACUGUCCCCUGUUAAACAGGUUCCAGCUGGUCUUCUAUCUCUCCCUUAGUUCAGCCAGACCAGACAAUGGAUUGGCCAAUCUCAUCUGUGACCAACUCCUGAAGUCAGAAGGCUCAGUUACUGAAAUGUGCAUUACGACCAUCAUCAAGCAAUUGAAGAACCAGGUGUUAUUCCUCUUGGAUGACUACAGAGAUAUGUCCUCAACUUCCAGGGCCAUAGAAAAACUAAUUAAAAAAAACUACUUAUCCAAGACCUGCUUACUGAUUGCUGUUUGUAUACACAGGGCCAGGAGCAUCCACCAGUAUCUUGAUACUGUUCUUGAGAUCAAAGAGUUUCCCUUCUAUAACACCAUCUAUAUGUUGCGGGUGCUCUUUCCACACAACAGGACCCGCCUGCAAAAGUUCAUGGUUUUUUCUAAAAAGAAUAGCAAUGUGGAAGGGAUUCAGAAGACCCCUCUCUUUGUGGCAGCCAUCUGUGCUAACUGGUGUCAGCAUCCCUCUGACCAGCCCUUGGAAAAUGUGGAUGUUUUCAAGUCCUACGUGGAAUGCCUUUUCUUAAAGCACCAAAUGGAAGCUGAUCUUCUCAAAGCAACUGUGUCCUCCUGUGGCCAGCUGGCCUUGAAAGGUGUUUUUUCAUCUUGCUUUGAGUUUAGUGAUGAUGACCUCACAGAGGCAGGCGUGGAUGAAACUGAAGAUCUAGCCAUGUACUUGAUGAACAAGUUCACAGCCCAGAGACUGAGGCCAGUCUAUCGGUUUUUAAAUCCUGCAUUCCAAGAAUUUCUUGCUGGGAGGAAGCUGGUUGAGCUCUUGGAUUCUGAUCGGCAGGAAGAUCAAGACUUAGGGCUUUAUUAUUUGAAACAAAUAAAUUCAUCCAUGAAGGCUUUAGGUCUCUUCAGCGGUUUUAUGAACUAUGUCUCUGGUCAUCCUUCAACCAAGGGAGCACCCCAAAUUGUGUCUCAUUUGCUUCAUUUGGCGGAUGAUAAACAGUCUCUUGAGACGAUCUCUGAGAAUGAUGACUACCUGAAGCACCAUCCGGAAAUGCCACUGUUUGUAGAAUUCUUUAGGAUAUUGUGGCAACUGUGUCCACAGGAUUAUCUUUCUCUGGCUUCUGAACAUUUACUGAUCCUGGCUCUGAAAAUUGCUUACCAAAGCAACGCAGUGGCUGCAUGCUCUCCAGUUCUUUUGCAGUUCCUUCAGAAGAGAACACUGAAGCUGAACAUGCUGAGCUUACAGUACUUUUUUGACCAUCCAGAAAGUCUGUUAUUGCUGAAGAGCAUCCGGGUCUCAAUGCAAGGAAAUAAAACAACACCGAGAGCAGAUUUUUCACUCCUGGAAACAUGUUUCGACAAAUCACAGGCUCCCACUAUAGAUGAGGACUAUGCUUCUGUCUUUGAACCUAUGGAAGAGUUUGAGAGGAGCUUAGUCAAGAAAGAGAAUGAAAUAAGGAGUUUUAGGAAUAUGCAACUCAGAUCACCCCCAGACCUUAGCACUGGCUACUGGGCCCUUUCUUGUAAGCAGUACAAGAUUCCUCUUCUGGAGGUCCAUGUGAUUGAUAUGGAUGCUGUCGACCAGGGAAUGCUCAAGGUUCUGAUGACUGUCUUCUCCACCUCAGAGCACAUCCACCUCCGUCUAGACCACAGCAGUGGCUUUACUGAAAGCAUCCGACCAGCUCUUGAGCUGUUCAAGGCCUCUCUCACCGCGUGCUCCAUCAGCCGCUCAGAGCUCAGUGCAGCAGAACAGGAGCUACUGCUCACCCUGCCGUCCUUGGAAUCUCUGGAAGUCUUGGGGAAAACCAACCUGGAAGCACAGAUCUUUACUAAUUUGGACAAGGUCCCGACCCUGAGAGAACUGUCGGUGGAUCUCCAUUGUGAACUAAAUGUCUUCUCAAUCAUUCCUGAAGAAUUCCCGAACCUCCACCAUAUGGAAAAACUGGUGAUUCGAAUCUCAGCUGAAUAUAAAUAUGAUCCUUCCAAGCUAGUCAAGGUGAUUCAGAAUUCUCCAAAUCUUCGCAUUUUUCAUCUGGACUGUAACUUCUUUUCGGAUUUUAAUCCUCUCAUGACUGCACUUGCUUCCUGCAAGAAACUCGAAGAAAUUAAGUUUUCUGGAACAUUUUUUAAAGCCAACCCAUUUGUCAUCAUAUUGCCAAACUUUACUUCUCUGAAGAUUUUAAAACUUUCACAGCAACAGUUUCCAGAUAAGGAAGUAGCUGAGAAAUUUGCCUACACUUUAGGUUCUCUUAAUAACCUAGAAAAACUGAUCCUUCCUACUGGAGAUGGGAUUUAUCAAGUGGCUAAACUGAUCAUCCAGCAAUGCCAGCAGCUACGAUGUCUCCAAGGUCUCUCAUUUUUCCAGACGUUGAAUGACGACAGCGUGAUGGAGAUUGCCAAGGCAGCAAACAAUGGAGGUUUCCAGAAACUUAAGAGCCUAAAUCUUUCAAUCAAUCACAAGAUCACAGAGGAGGGAUAUAAGACUUUCUUUCAAGAACUGGAUAACCUGCCAAGCUUGCAGAAAUUGAAUAUCUUGAGGCAUUUCACAGAGUGUAUCAAAUCUCUCGCUCCAACAGUCAAGGCUUUGAGCCAGUGUGUGUCAAGACUGCCAAACCUCCUCAAACUUGACAUGUAUGGUUGGCUCCUGGAUGCAGAAGACAUCGCCUUGCUGGAUGCCGUGAAGGAAAGACACCCUCAAUCUAAAUGUUUAGUUAUUUCCUGGAAAUGGAAGCUGCCAUUUUCUCCAAUCAUUCAAAAGUAGAAUAUAAAUGGUUCUAAAGCUAAAAACUGCUGAAACAAUUCCAAGCACUUAAUUUUCCAAAAUCAUUUUAUUACAUAUUACAUACAAAAGAUAAAUGAUAAAAUGUGUAAAGCACAUUCUCCUACUAUUAAUAGAAAACCCUGCAUACUCAAUUACUCAGCUUAAUACAGCAUUACCUUUGAAGUUACUGAACCAUUCUCCCCAACUAAAAAUUGGCCCCGUCAACUUUAUAUAGCUAAGCCUUCAUCACUAGGGUCAAGUACCAAGUUUUCAAAUUAACGAUGGUAACAAUAGUAACAAAGUCACCAAGGAGGGGUUGGGGAGAGGAGCACUGAUCUAUCGCAAAGCAAUAAUAUGGAAAAUGUGCUCAAGUUAUACCUGAGAUGACUAAAGACAAAUGAAUUUCAUAUAUAGAUGAAAGGGGAGUUGACCUUAACAUAGGGUUACAUGAUUCAUUUGUGGAGUAAGAGAGAUAUUCCUUAGUCUUAAAAAGACUGGCUUUGUAUAUUUAAUUAACUGCGAUACACUAAGAUUUGCUUAUUUUCCCUUAAUGCUAUGCCAAUAUAAAAAAGGAAUAGGUCUUAGGGAGAGAUGCAUUUUUCUAGGGACUUUUGAUUUUAUCCAAAUGUUUAACAUUAUUAUACAGUUAAACAUGUUAAAGUCGAAACUUGUGUAAAGUAGAAAGCAGUCAAAGAAAAAAAAUGCAAAUAUUUUCCACCAAAAAGAGAGAGAAGUGGUUGGACUGCAACCUGUCAGAGGGGAAGCUGGUCAGGCCAGCAAACACAGCAGGCCCAUCAAGUUUGGACCUUCAUUGCAACCGCAUAAAAUACAAAGUAGAAUUUAGCAUUACCGAAAUGUCUCUGCUUCCCAGAGAAUUGAGUAUUAAUGCAUUUUUAUGCAACUCUGUUUGCUUGUGAGUUCAAUGUAUGCUUUAUUGUCAUUAGAAUUUUAUGACCCAUGAAAAACAUAUUUUUUUUCUCUUCAAUAACUUCAUAUUGAUCAAGGUAGAUUUGACACAUCUAGAUGCAUGUGUACGCCCAGAAUUUCUCUCCUACUAGUUAAAAAGCAGUUUUCUAAAGAUGAAGAGACAAUUCUAAAUUCAUGAUGCUAUGAUCAGUUGCAAAGCAACGAGUUUUAACCUAAUGUUUAUUUUUGCCAAGGAAAAAGUCCAUUGUGCUCAGCUAACCCCUAAGUAUGAAACAUAACUAUUUGUUAAACACAAGUUUGUAGCUACAUUAGGAUUUUCUAGGAGAUGUGAGAACAUUUUAACAGGGUUACUAGAAGAUAUUUUUACUUUUUUUUGGCUUUUCUGCUGUCUUUGAUUUUAUGAGUGCCUGUACUAUUCUUAUAUUUAAAAUAAAAUGUAAAACUGCUUUCACUAAAACAUUGUAGUUUUAAAUUAAAAGUGGCAAGGAGGAGUGGGGGGGCCAGCCCCCACCCGCUGAUUGCGGGCUCAGUAAUACUACCUCUG